AUGUCCUAUCCCGAGCAGUUCACCGGCUUCCAGGCCCCCAGCGCCGAGGCGUGGAAGGACUUCGAGAAGCAGUCGUGGGCACCGCGGCCCUUUGAGGACGUCGACGUAGACAUCAAGGUCGAGUGCUGCGGUGUCUGCGCCAGCGACCUGCACAAGAUCUCGGGUGAAUGGGGCGCGUGCCCGUACCCGCUGGCCGUCGGGCACGAGGUGGUCGGCCGCGUCGUGCGCGCCGGCCCCAAGGUGACGCUCGCCAAGGUCGGCCAGCGCGUCGGCGUCGGCGCCCAGGUGUGGUCGUGCCUCGAGUGCCGCCAGUGCAAGAACGGCAACGAGACGUACUGCAGCAAGCAGGUCGACGCCUACGGCAGCCUGUACCCCAACACGCAGCACGUCACGCAGGGUGGGUAUGCGUCGCACAUUCGCAUCCACGAAUACUGGGUGUAUCCCAUCCCGGACGGUCUCGACAGCGCGCAGGCCGCGCCGCUGCUGUGCGCCGGCAUCACCUCCUUUUCGCCGCUGAAGCGCUUCGGCGCAGGGCCCGGGAAAAAAGUCGGCAUCGUGGGCGUGGGCGGCCUGGGCCACUACGGCAUCAUCUUUGCCAAGGCGCUGGGCGCGGAAGUCUGGGCGAUCUCGCGCACGCGCGCCAAGGAGGCCGACGCGCGGGAGAUGGGCGCCGACGGCUUCAUCGCCACGAGCGAGGCCGGCUGGCACGAGCCGCACAAGACGACGUUUGACCUGAUUGUCAACACGGCGACGUCGUUUGACGGCUUCGAGCUCAGCCAGUACCUGAGCCUGCUCGACGUGCACGGGCGCUGGAACUCGGUCGGCCUGCCGGGCGGCGACGGCAUCGUGGUGCGCAACCAGGACUUUAUCACGAAUGGCUGUUUCAUCGGCACGUCGCACCUCGGCAGCCGCGCGGAGAUGCUCGAGAUGCUGCAGCUCAUGGCGGACCGGAAGCUGCCGUCGUGGGUGGAGAGGAUCCCGCUGUCGAAAGAAGGCCUGCAGGAGGCGUUUGGGAAGCUGGAGACGAACAAGGCGCGCUACCGCUCGUGCAUGACCAAUUACGAUGACCAGUUUGGCGCGUGA